UGGAAUUGCCGAAGCAACCCCACACAAAAUUCAUAUGGCUAUUCUCAUCGAGGAGGGGGAGUCUGCCCUGACUGGGCAUCUUUAGCCAAGAAAUGUAAUUGUCUUGAAUAGGCUUCUCUCUCUAUUCUGUGCUAGAUUUUUUUGGACGAGAUUGAAAAUGUUGAGACUUACUCUCUCCGCCCUGGGGCUUCUCGCCGUCCAGGCGGCAGCGCAAUGCACUCGUGAAUCACUCAUUGCUGCGACAGAUAGCCUUCUCGCGGCACAAACCGAGGGAAAGCCCGAUGGCAUAUCUCCCCUGGCCGAAAGUGUCACCUAUCUGGAGGCGUUCAAGACAGCUGAUAUUAAGACUGGUAUCCUGUCGCAUCCCCUCAAGAUCGACUUCAACCGUAGUCUCCACGACACGGUUCAGUGCGCGACCUACACCGAGAUCGUCGUUACAGACAAGACGCACCCGUAUGUCAUUGGUACGCAGUUACGGUUCGCCGACGGCAAGAUCGCCAAUAUCAGCAGUCUGGUCACGGACCAGGGAGACUGGCUCUUCAACGCCACUGGCACUUACUACUGGGCAUCCCGCGAGAAGUGGGACCCGAUCCCCGAGGACCAGCGUGAUUCCCGAGAAGUGAUUCAAGCUGCAGCCGACGCAUACGCCGACCUAUUCAACGACAAGACUGUGCAGGUCCCUUGGGGCACCCCUUGCGCACGUCUUGAGGGCGGCUCGUACACUGGAACGGGUUCGGCCACCGACAGCUGCAAUGUUGGCGUUCCUAGUGGUGUCAAAUUGAGCAACCGCCGCUAUGUUAUCGACGAAACUCUUGGUGCUGUUGACGUCUUCAUUGACUUCGCGACUGUGCCCGAUAGCCACGAGUUCCGAGUCGAGAAAGGCAAGCUUCGUUAUGUCCACACGAUUACUGUGAUGGGUUAGGUAUACGGAAAGGAAAAGUCCUCCCCUUUUAGUGAGAUUGUUUAGUCUUAGAAAUGGGGUUAGCUGAGAAGGAAUGUC